UUUUUGUCCGUGUAAGUCAUUUGUCCGACGACUUUGAAGGCAACGCGUGUUACGCUUUAGCGCGAAGAAUUCUUGUGACCGAAGCAGGACUGACAUAACGAAAUGGCAUCUCACAGCUACAUUUCCAUCUCUGAGCUCCACCCCAGCUUUUCUCAUCCUAACGUUUUUGGCAUUGUCAUCGCAAAGACUGAUGUCAGAAGCUUCCCAAGCAGAAAAAAUUCUGAUGUUGAGCGAUUCACCUUUGGCUUCACCAUAAAAGACUCUCCUGACUUCUUCAUAAAUGUGUCCGCCUGGGGAAAUCAAGGAUACAUUAACAGUCUUGCCGAUAACUUCAGGAUUGGUGAUUGCGUCACCGUUGAAAAUCCUUUAGUUUCCAGCAAAGACCCAGAGAAAGACAAGUUCUGCCCGGCAACACCAAGCCCGUACAGGCUGCUGGUGGUCGAGCCUCAUUCCCGGGUGUUGCUGUGCACGGACAUGGACACGGUCGACAGGCUGCUGCCGCUGAUGCACCUGCCUGCGAAGGACUCGGCCGAUUUCUACUCUCUGGGAGACAUUGUGGCCAACGGGCAAAAGCUGGAUGGUGCCGCGAUUAAUAUACUGGCAGCUGUGAAGACGAUGGGGGAAAGCAGACAGUUCACCACCUCAGACGGACGGCGAGGACAGAGGCUGGAAGUGAAGCUCUUCGAUGACGCCGUGUCCGGCUUCCCUCUGGUCUGCUGGGAGAAGGAGAGCAUUCAGCUUCUGCAGACGCUGAUUCCCAGGGAGGCGGUGCUCUUCGUUGCCGAUGCAAAGAUCAGCUUUGACAGCUUUCGUGGCGGCAUGGUGGCAACCGUCACCUCCAAAAGCGUCAUCACUGUCAACCCCGACACACGAGAGGCCGGCCUGCUGUUCAGCUUCGCCAAGCAGAUGUCCGAGUCCGGAGCUCUGGACCACGACGAGGCGGCCGAGGAUCUGCCCGUGGACUCCAUCACUGACGUUUACACCGUCAACCAGCUGAAGUUGAAGGCCAAGGAGCAACCGGAGACUUUCUUCGGCCUGACUUACAGCUUCAUCUCCAAGCUGGACCUGGACUCCUCUGCCUCUAAAGUCAUCAAGACCCGCUGCUCUAAAUGUAGGUUCCUGCUGACGGCGGACAUGCAGAGCUGCGGUAACCAGCUGUGUCCGGGCGGGGAGCAGCCGUUCUCAGGCACCACAGGCUUCGACCUGCUGGUGGACCUGACCGACCACACCGGCACGCUGCAGGCCUGCAGCCUCCGGGGCGCCACGGCGGAGCAGACGCUCGGCUGCUCGACGGACGAGUUCAUCCGUCUGACCGAUGAUCAGCGCACCGCUCUCAAGUGGAAGUUUCUUCUGGAAAGAUGCAAAAUAUACCUGAAGAUCCUUCCCUCUGCGAGAACGAAAAGCGGCAUCAGGGGGGUGAUCCUGGCCUGCUCUCCGGCCGACCCAGGAGAGGUGAAGCAGCAUAUGUCGGCUGUUCUGCAGCAGCUUUGAACCAGCAAUGCGAAGUCUGUUCUAUUUACAUUUGUUCUGCGCUAAUUACAAUGUAAACAGAUGCUUCAACUGUUAUUUAUUUAUUUAUUCUUAUUUAUUUAACUUAUUGAUAUAAAUUGAUUUAUUUAAAAAAAGGCGUUAAAUUGUUCCUGUUUAAUAAAGUUGUGUUUUGAAAAAAAAUUCUGAUUUAUUAUCACAAAAUACAAUUAAAAAAGAAAAAAAAAACAAAAGCAACUGUUAUAAAAAAAAGUAUAUUUAAAAUAAAAAGAAUGAUGUAGAUUUUAUGUAGCGACAAUAAAUGCUUUAUUUAAAGCAAUUUUAACCAUAAAAAAAGAAAAAUAUGUAUUAAAAUUU